AUGAUGAAUGUCCUGGAGGAGAAAGAGGUGAAAAAAACGGUUGUCGUUACGACUGAGCAACUGGAUGAUCAAGGAGAACAGGAAGUAAAAGUGCCAGAAAGACAGACAUUAGAGUCUGCCCCUGUCGAAAAGCGACCAAAAGAAGUUAUUUCUACGGCCCCAGGGAAACAUGAAGAUGAGGCUCGAGUGACACGUGUGAGGAGGGAAGAGCGCACAACCGCUGAGAAGAGAGAAGUGGAAACAGUUGCACGCGAGGAACCUCCGAUAGACGUUAUCAGUCCGGCAAAAGAGAAGGAACAAAGAAAGGCUGAAACACCGCUCACGACCCCUACAGUUUCACCUCGACCGCGACAACAUUCUUUGGAGGGUGGCGAUGUGCCAAUUCACAAACAACCCCUCGCAGUUAGUCCAGUGCUUAUGCCUGUCAACAGACUGACCGAGCAAGAGCUCGCAGAAGAGAGAAGGGAAACUGUAGAGAAAGAGGUGAAACAAGUGCAUCCGAUUAGGGAAGAAGCUCGGCCAGCAGUCCAGGAGAAAGUCGAAAAGCCUCCCAAGAAGAAAGACUCCAUCAUGGCUCAGGAGAUGAAAGUGGUCCAAGAGAAACAUGAAGACGAAGCUCCAGUGACUCGUGUGAAAAAAGUAGAGCGCAGGACCUCAGAAAAGAAAGUAGUCGAAACCGUUGUACGCAAGGAACCUCCCAUAGAAGUCAUUAGUCCACAAAAAGAAAAAGAACAAAGGAAAGUCGAGACACCGGUCGCGACCCCUACACUUUCUCCUCUACCUCGACAACAUCGUAUGGAAGAUUUUGGCGAGCCACCACACAAACAACCUCCAGCAGUUAGUCCAGCGCUCGUGCCUCCCAAUAGGCUAACCGAGCAGGAACUCGCAGUGGAGAGAAAGGAAACUUCUGAUGUUCCGAAGGAGAUAAAACAAGCGAUUCCGAUAAGAAGAGAAGCACCAACGGCGGUUCAAGAGAAAGUCGAAACGGCUCCCAAGAAAAAAGAGCCCACCAUUGGUGAGGAGAAGAAGAUGGUCCAGGAAAAACAUGGAAGAUGA